GCGCUUAGAUGUGGCACAGCUGACCUAACUGGGAGAGAGACUUAGCAAUCUUGCUCGCCAGCAGCGCGAAGGAGGAGGUGCCGCCAUCAUGUCCGCGUACCAGCGGAGACUGAAGAAGGAGUACCAGGAUUUCCAGGCCAACGCACCGGCGGGCAUUCGACUGGACAGCACCACAAUGCAAGACAAAUUGGACGAGUGGAGAAUACAUCUGGCUGCUCCGGAGGGGACGCUGUACGCUGGGGAGGAAUAUGUUCUUCUGUUCAAAUUUAGCUCCAAAUAUCCGUUCGACUCACCCCAGGUGACAUUCACGGAUGGCAAGUCACCCUGCCAUCCUCACAUCUACAGCAACGGCCACAUCUGUCUCUCGAUCCUGGACAAAGAUUGGAGUCCGGCGAUGAGCGUCGUGUCCGUCUGCAUCAGUAUCCAGAGCAUGCUCAGCAGCUGCACUGUCAAGAUACGACCUCCUGACGAUAAACAGUAUGUCAGAAUUGCCUCCAAGAACCCUAAAAAGACUCAGGGAAGAGGCAUGUCAACAGAGCAUUUGAUGGACACGUGCAGUCCGUCCACACCACCCGCAGAGCCGAGUGUCGUGGGCUACUUCAGCGUUCCUCCGCAGGGAGCCAUCAGAGCUGCCCGCUGCUACCCAGUCGGCGAUGGUGAGAGCACGAUAGGACGAGACGAGGAUUGCCAGGUGUGUAUACCAGUCAGAGCCCUGUCGAGGCAGCACGCGGUGCUACUGGUGGAGGACGGAGAACAUUUCAUACUGGACCUCGGCAGCCGCAACUGCACUCUCCGUAGAGGGGUGAGUGAAAGUGAAACCUUCUGAAAAUGACCCUCCGAAUAAAGAACACCUCUCUAUUAAGGUAGUGAAAGUGAAUUAUUGAGGUAUAAAAGCAAUGAAACCGAACCUCUAAAUAAAGGACACCUCUCUAUAAAGGACACUUGGUUCUGCCCCAUACUAAUACAUAGGGACACCUCUCUAUAAGGGACGCUUGGUUCUGCCCCAUACUAAUACAUAGGGACACCUCUCUAUAAGGGACACUUGGUUCUGCCCCAUACUAAUACAUAGGGACACCUCUCUAUAAGGGACACUUGGUUCUGCCCCAUACUAAUACAUAGGGACACCUCUCUAUAAGGGACACUUGGUUCUGCCCCAUACUAAUACAUAGGGACACCUCUCUAUAAAGGACACUUGGUUCUGCCCCAUACUAAUACAUAGGGACACCUCUCUAUAAGGGACGCUUGGUUCUGCCCCAUACUAAUACAUAGGGACACCUCUCUAUAAAGGACACUUGGUUCUGCCCCAUACUAAUACAUAGGGACACCUCUCUAUAAGGAGGCUUGGUUCUGCCCCAUACUAAUACAUAGG